UAGAUUUUGAAUUCAAACUUGGAAGAAUCUGCAACUGAAGGGGAUUCAGACCAUGAAGAUAGAAAUGGAAUGCAAAAUAUGGAUUGGAGUUCUAUUAGGUGUUAUGGUUUCGAUAGGGUUUAAUUGCUGUAUUUGUAGGCCGUCCAUUGGCCUUGAAACACCUAACAAACGCUCAUUGAACGAGCAAAAAGCAAUUGGAAAGGCACUGUCAUCAAGAGAAACUAAGAAUGAUUCUGGUCACUUUCUGUUGAGUUGUCAUCGACUAAGCUGUACCACAGACUCCAGGGACAUCUUUACCCAUAGUGACUCUUAACUCCUUGAAGCAGGGAAUUCAAGAUGAAAACAGAGAGAGUCAACCAUGACAACCAGUAGCUAACCAUGGAGAUCAAUGAAAUGUUGCAAGCUUUUGCUGAAAAUGUUUCUGUGGAUGAAAGUCAACAUAUUGUAGUUCAGAAACUACAAGAACAUUUGAGGGAGAAAAAUUAUCUUCUCAUAUUAGAUGAUGUAUGGAAUGAAGAUUGGCAAAAAUGGGAAUCCUUAAGGAGCUGUUUGUUGGGAAUAGGUAAAAAUGUUGGGAGUAGGGUUCUUGUCACAACUCGAAGUGAAAAUGUAGCUUCCACAAUGGAAACACUUUUUCAGCACAGGCAUCAUCUCGAAAAGCUAACAAAUGAGGAUUGUUGGUCCAUAAUCAAGAAAAGAGCAUUUGGCAGCUCAUCAUUCCCUUUAGAAUUGGAAGGGAUUGGAAGGGAUAUUGCUAGCAAAUGUAGAGGUUUGGCAUUAGUUGCAAAUAUUAUUGGGGGGAGUUUGUGCAAUAAUAGGAAGAAGGAUGACUGGUUAUCAAUUAAAGAUGAUAGUGAAGUAUGGGGUUCAAUAGAAGAAGCUAAUGGAGUUCUGCGAGUGUUACAAUUGAGUUUCAAUCGCUUGCCAACACCUGCUUUGAAACAAUGUUUUGCUUCUUGCUCUAUUUUCCCUAAAGAUUGUUGGGUUUUUUAAAACAAAGAAAUGGAGAGAACCAAGAGGAAGAUGAAAAACAGAGCAUAAGCUGAAAUGGAGAGAAGUGUAUGACUUCAACUCAAUUUUUCUCAUUCCUUUUACUCCUAUUUAUAGGAGAAUACAAACUCAAUUUAAAA